AUGAAUGAAUCGUUGAAAGGUUUAGCCGUGCCGGGCGUUCAACGGCGCCCUAAAUCGGCAAAUAUAGACUCGGACACACACUUGGGAUACCAACAGCUAACAGUUAUAAUCAGACGCGAUAAAAUUGGCUUCGGAUUAACAUUUGACGGGAAUGGAGAAAUAAAAUCUAUCGAGCCAGAUUCACCAGCAGACCGAGAAGACAUCCGAGUUGGAGAUCGGCUUGUCCGGGCCAAUGGUGUUCGUUUGGAUCAGCUACCUCAUCGUGAGGUGCAGCGGGUUCUGCAGGACUCUCGCGGUCACACGGAGCUAGUCCUGCUGCGCAGAACGAAGAGCAUGGAUUCCCGAGACUUGCGGCACGAUAUAUCCGGUCCCUCGCAUAAUGCUGGUCAUAGCCUGAUAGAAAAGAAGCAGAGAGAACUUUUCCUCGUCGGUGCUAUCGAAAAGGAGAAGGAAGCACGCGCCUUUUUGUUGUCCAAAUUGGCCGAUUGCACUGACGAUGAGUCGAGAGCGCGGGUGAAUAGGGAAUAUAAGGAGAGCGAGACAAAAGAAGAUCAGUAUCGCCGCCAGUUAUUAUCCCUCGGUGCCGCCUCUGAAGGCCAUGGUCUGAAAACACUCUCAUUAUCCCAAUCGUUUGGGCUUAUCCUCUACUUGUUCCAUAGAAAUGCGCUCAAUAAACUUCUUUAUCGCGAGCUAUACGACUUGAUGCUUGCCGCCAAGAAGGAAAAGGUCGAUGGGCUGAUCGAUCGUAUCUACCGCGACUGUCUGAGCAAGGAGGGUGGGAUCACUCUCUACGAGACUGAGCAAAGCUCAGACGAAGUAGAAGGCGGCGACACUUAUUCAAGAGACAUUGAAGAAGCCCAGCACGCGAUCGAAGAAUACAAAUCUCGAGAUGACUUGGAUCCGAAAAUCGCACUUGAAAAUUUGAGGAGCCGGGUCGACCAAGAGGUCCAAAACUAUUUCGAAGAGUUUGAAGAUCAUCUUCAGGAAGAAAAGAUCAAAAACCCAGGAAUGAAGCAACCAGAAAAUGACGAGAUUUUAAAACUUGACGAUGACUUCAUGCAGUACAUUCAAAACCCAACACCUCAAGCAGAAGCUACUAUUCAAGUUCUGUGGGAAGUACUUAGAGACAAGCUUCCGAAAAACUCCGUUAUCACCAGAGAGGCAAAAAAGCGACGAACAACGUCGAUGUUUAUUCCGAAUAUGUCAAACAUGUCGCGUUCCUUCUCAUCAAUAUCAACUGCAAAGGAGUCAAUAAAAUCUCUCUUCUCAGAAACAAGAAAAGCACGAGACAAAUCCGCCAGUUUCCACGUGACCUCGCCGCUGAUGGAAACACCAACCGUCGAAACACCUUCUAGGCCCCUGUCGAUGGAUCAAGAAUCAAUCGAACAGGCGGAAGAACCAGAAAUAGAAAUAACACCGGAGUUUCAAAUUCUACCUCUUGUUCCUUGGAUUCACGAUGUGAAACAGACGCAUCCUGAUUUUGAUUUGUCAUCUGUGUCAAAGGAAGAGCAAGGAAGACAAAUGGUUAUUCACGAGCUCAUUAAUGUGCAUCACAACGCAUCUGCGAAAGUCACCUUUAUCAAAGAAAUCUUUAAGCCAAAAGUUCUUGAAUUGACACCUCUCAAAGAGGGUGAUGCAGUCUGCGAGAGUAUCUUUCGAAAUAUACACGAGGCGAAGGAUUUCUUCGACGAUCUAAGGGACCAGCUUGAAGCUAGAAAAGAAGAAGACGGCGCAUGCAUCCGCGGAUUGGGCGACAUUCUCUUCGCAUUUUUCGACCUGGAUUGUGAGCACGGCAAAAAGUUUCAAAGCGCCAUGUCCAACUGGGUCUCGCGUGACUCUGAGUUUCUCAACUCGAUGGACAAAAUGAAGGGCAUGAGCGGGCCAGAUAAUGACGAUCCACUAGGCUUCUUCAGAGCGAUAUCAUCAGCAGAGGCCGAUCCAAGGUUGAAUCGCCUCAAGUUCGGAGAUAUUAUGAUGGUGAUCUUUCAAACACUGCCGAGAUAUCCGAUGCUGCUCGCUCAACUACUCAAGUACACUGAAAAAGUGGGAGAGGAGCUCCAUGAAGAAAAGCAACUCUUGAACAAAGCUCAAAACGCAAUCCAGCUUACGGUCGCUGAAAUCAACAAACGCGCCGGCGAAGAGCAACUCUUAUCUCGAAUCAACCAAAUUCUUCAAUACCAAAACGUCGGCGACUUCCGCAAAUAUGUCGCGAAAAUUAAGGACGACGACAGAGACAACAUCGUUUUGAAAAAUUUCGGAGAACUGAAGCAUCACUUGGAUAUCCAUCAAAUCAUCAAAUAUGGCGAUUGUAAGGUGCAGGCUAUGCUUACCAGACCGGGGAAGAAGCCUGCUGAUUCUGAUGCAAUGUAUUUUUUACUCAACGAGUGGCUCGUUUUCUUCAUUCAAAAUAAAAAGUUGUUUUCGAUAUUAAAAAUGGACCGUACUUUCUUCGUGUUUCCGAUCAAAGAUGUCCACAUUCGCCAAGAUCAAACGAACAAAAACUCAGUUUUCCUCCUUCAUCUUCAAGGACUCCAGUACAAGCUCCAACUUCCAUCAUCCGACGAUGCUUCUGACCUAGAGCUUACAUUCAAGGCGCAAAAGGCUCUCAUCGUUCCACCUGAUACACCUCGUAUCGCGGCAUCACAAAGAAUAAGUGGUGGAAAAGUUCAAGAUCUUGAAAAUGACGAAGAAGAGGAGGAAGAUUCCGAGUCGUUGAGAGAAGCGGAGCAAGAUGCUGUUCCGAUUAAUAUUUCGCAUCGACUUGAUUCUGGUCCCCCUGAGCCGCCUCCAAGAAGAAAUAGAGGAGGACAAGGUCAGAAUAGCUCCGCUCACGAAGUUUCUUCCCCACUUACUUCCGAUGCAGAAGAACAAGAAGAAGAGGAAAGCAGCUCACGGAUACCUAGCAGAUCGUCUCGCGCUAGAACGACCAUCCGGCGGCCUACAACGCCAACUCAAGACGAUUUUAAUGAACCUUCAAAAACCGACUUGCUCGAAGAGCAUCACGAUGCAAUAGAGAACAUUCUCCCCACCUAA